AGACUCCAGCUCAUUUGAGACCUUGAUAAGGAGACUUGAUAAAAGGCCAGAAAAAUGUAUACUGUACUCUUCCUUUCCUUAAGUACGGCAAGUAGAAGCUGACCUGCAAACGAGACCAAAACGUGGAGCAGAUUCCGGAUUACUGGAUUUAAGAUAUCAUUUUACGGCCACGCUAGAACAGAAGUCCGGGAGAAACGACGCCGUUGCAAGGGAAGUCAGCGCACCUUCAAAUCACCAGGGUUCCACAGGGGGCGUGGCCUUCGGUGUGAGGCCACCUGCUGCAUGCACACGAGCUGCCAGCCAGCAGACUGACCGAGACGCUCCGUCCCAGAAUCGCCGUGAAAGUCACGUCGUCACACGAGCGAGGGAAGCCCUCGAGAAGCCUCCGGGGGAGCAGGGUGGAGGCGUUCGUGCUGCGUGCGCGUUGACUUAUUUGCAUCGCACCCAUGUUGGACGUGCCCCUCUCCCGGGCGCCUCCCAGCCCGAGCGCACAGGCGCCAGCUAAUAUGUUGCCUCCUCUGGUUGCGUGGAAACUAAACGGGCGAGCCUUGAACUGCUGUGGAAGCAUCUGCGGCGGAAAGCAACAGACAGCAAGUUGAAUCCGCUUCGUGGUGUAGGAACAUUGAAAGAUGCGGUGGAUCAUGACGACGAGGGAAAGAGCGCCACAAAGGUUCAGCAGUUGCAGGGGCGAUUGACGCGUGGCCUGGCCCCAACGCCGAGAUGUCCAUCGCGGUCGACUACGUGGUCAUGUGUUUGCUGCCGCACAGCCUGGUGCUCAUGACUUUCUGCUUCCACCACGCCGCCACCACUUGCUCCAAACACUGCUACUGCUCGGAGAGCGACGGCGGCGGCAAGACGGUGCGCUGCAGCAAUCAGCAGCUGACCGCGAUCCCGCAGGACAUCCCCAACGACACGCGGAGAGUCUACCUGGACUUCAACCUCUUGACUUCCAUCCCGGCCAACGCCUUCGCCGGCCUGUCGCACCUGGCAGAGCUGGACCUGUCGCACAACGACAUUAGCCAGCUGCAGCCGGGCGCUUUCAGAGGCCUGAGCUCCUCGCUGCAGUUCCUUGACCUUUCCGCAAACAAGUUAGUCCAUUUCACCGCGGACUCCUUUGAGGGCCUUCGGGCUCGGGCGAAUUUAACCAACAAUCCAUGGCAUUGCGACUGCAACCUGCAGAUGGCCAUGCCCCGCGUGGACCUGGAGCCCGUGUCACUGACCGGCAUCGUGUGCCAGACUUCCGACCCGGAGGAAAUGAGCGUUCAGGGACUGGCCUUCCUCUUGGAGCCCGACGUCGACUUGUGCGUGGUGAUGAAGAGGACUACAGACGUGGCCAUGCUGGUGGUCAUGUUUGGCUGGUUCACCAUGGUCAUCUCUUAUCUGGUCUACUACGUCAGGGCCAACCAGGAGGACGCCCGCAGACAUUUGGAGUACCUCAAGUCAUUGCCGAGCAGGCAAGCAAAGUCUGAGGAGUCUUCUACCAUCAGUACUGUUGUUUAGCCACGAGGCCGGUGUUGCCCAAUCCUUCCGGAGCAAAGGCAAAUACUUGACAUUUGGAAAUGCUUAUUCCCCCUCUGAGCCAAAAUGUCAUUAAAAAAAAAAACACAUUGGGGCCAUUCCACCAAAAAGAGUGGUGCCUCUAAAUACUUGAUCCGUGUUUGAGGAUGACUGAUGAAAAAAUGUUUCAACUGAGACGAUGUGGAGCUCCAAGGUUAAAACGUUUUCAGAGCACGGCUAAAACGGCGCCAUGUCAUGCACGUUGAAGUCAGCACAUUUGUUCUCAUUGGCGGGUACCUGGCGCAAUUGUGCAGUUAGCUGGCUCGCUAUGCCGACACCUGAAAACACCUGCUUUAGAGCGCCUCGUUGUUGCGGCGUGGAAAAGCCCCGUGAUAACAUGGUGGGAUAUACGGCAGCCAUCAGAAGCUGUUGAGCAGAAACAUUUUCACAUCUUAAACGUGGAUACAAAUGGCAGCGAUUUUGGUGGAAUGGCCCACAAACGCUGAAAUCAUCACCAACCACUCUGGUAGGCUACGUACCAGGAAAAGUCAUGUCUUACUGAUUGAUGUGCUUUUUCAAUUUCUCUCUCCAAAUCAUACAGACAUCACAAAUCAUUUGUGACUCAAAGUUUACAAAUGGAAUUGAAUGCGCAAUAUCUGGGAAGCGCAGCAAUGUAAAUCAUCAGAGUGGCUCAUAUUAUUUUCCCAGCUCAGUCAUAACCGCCCGAUUGUCACUUGUGCCUGCUCGGCUGUUUGAAUGACAAAUUAGAGGCGCCGGGCGUCCGACUUCAUCUUAACUGCCACAUUGACCAAAAAGGAA